CAGCACACCUGCAACAUUAACAGCCAGUCCGUGCGAUUUACAGGCAGCUAUAAGCUGCAUUUUUCAUCCACAAUUAACCUGCAAAGCAGCCCCAAUCAAAGAUUUUUAGGCUGGUCAUUUUUGGCAGUCCUUGAAAUCUUUUGUGUAAUGUCGCGCUACCUGCACGCCGAUCACAUUUUGGAGGCCUUCAACGUAUUCCACAGACCAUUGACUCUGGAUGAAGUGGCCGGUUUCGUGGCCGAAAUGGAGGCCAAAUCCGUGGAUGAGGUGCGAUUGGCGGUGGACAAUACGUUGACUGCCGGCUGGAUGCAUGGUUUUUUGAACUUGGAGGAUGGCAUGUUCACACUAGUUUGUGGCUAUUGCGGUGACGGACAAUCAAUUGAGGGCAGGAACAGGCGACGACACUUGGCGAAUCCGAAGCUAAGGAGCUCUUAGUGGGUCCUACGACAGUCCCUUCGACACCCGAAACGCUUGAUUAAGUUCAUUUUGGCGAUCAGAUCCUGUCCUGAGGCUUUCAAGGUCCCGAGGCGUCAACUUUCGCUAACCGAAAACGUGGACUUCGUUGAACAGGAACUCUUCCGAGGUUGGCAAGUCAGUGAAGAAAACCCUCGCUUUAGCCCUCAAAAAUCGUUUCAUUCGGCAGGACAUCUAAAUAAUAAAUCUAUAUAAAUUCAUACAAUUAUUAAUCAAUCAAUGUUUAUAGAUAUAAAUCCAUACAAUCAUU